AUGUCGCGCUUUGGUCUUGACCUCCUUGGAAGAGAAAACCCGCCGCCGGGCUACUAUUCCGAUUCCGAAUACUGGCGGAUUCAGGGGGUUGGUCAACAACCAGCCAAUUUAACGAUUCAGAUGAUUGAUUGCAACACCAGCUACCGGCUGUUUUCACCCAGGGACUCGUCAAAACCUCAGGGGUCUUGGUUGUUGGUCAGUAGCAAACAUAAAUUCACGAUUUCGUUCCCAGCAGUCUCUACAAAUCUCGAGCAGUUCCGGGAGAUUGUGGCGACAGCGAGUGACGAACAGUUCCGUGGUGCCGGCGAUUUAAUUCGGAACGCUAUACGGUCCGGAUUCCCGCAGACUGAUUGGAAGAUCUCAAUGAGUCUCCCAGCAGCCGAUGAAUUCAAAAAGUCAGCCAAGUAUACUGUUAAAGACGACGAUACCUUCAAUCAUUGGAUUGCGACCGUUGUCAACAAUGGGAAGGACCGCACUCAGGUAGCCUUGGAAGUUGCGAUGGUAAACCCGGGGGGCUUAAAAAAAGACGCUAAGCUGUCUGUUGAGGUGCACAAACAUAACCUGAGACAAGCAGCCGCCCAACGUGCCUCAUCUUCAACAAGUGGAGAGCGAUCCAAUCCAUCUGUUGUUCCAAGCGAUUUCGAUGCUAUCAACGUCCUCAUGAACAAAAUCUAUGCGGCCCACCCACCAAACGUCAAGUACCAGUCCAAGUUGCCAGUCUAUCUCCAUCCCACCGAUACCAGUCGCUACAUUCCAUUAACGGCAGGAACGGUCCAGAAGUGGGCCACAGCCCUUCUGACUUGUGGAUUUCAGCUGAACAACGAAAGUGGAGUAUCACUUCACUCACCCCCAGCGGAUCUGAAGUUUGAGAAUUUAUCUUCUGCAAAGAAGUGUAAACUCAACGAUCACUCCAGCAACCCAAGCAACCACCCGGCAUCAGAUUCCGAAAGCGGUUCCGUUGUUGAUCUGGGUAUAAACUUACUCAACGAAUAUCUUGAAUUUAUCAAGAUUCCACCAAGCAACAGGGAUGGAAUCUCGCACAUUCUGACUGAGAAUAGAGCCACCAAUCCUCAACUCUUCCGAUCUGAGAACAUCACCCGAGAAGUGAUGAAGGAAUGGGGCUUACACGACGUCUUCAUUGCCCAAUUACGAGACAAUGUCUCCAAAUUUGAAAAUUACAAGUCCUCAAACUAG